AUGCAUGCUCUGGAGGCGGCCUAUGCCCAAGAUAGGAGUGAGACACGUCGAGUAGUGAAGCACAUCAUUGGCACUCUACCACCGCGCAUUGCCACCGAGGUCAUUAGGGAGAUCAAGCAGACAGUGGGCUUGGCCUCGGCUAUGUCGAGGAGGAUGGCGAUGGACUGUGAUUGGGAGCUUCUACUACCAUUUGUGCCAAGCUUCGACCCUAGGCAAGCGGAGCAGAUGUCCGUCAGUGAUAUCAUUCGGGACGUAUGCCGUACCAUAGAGAGUGCUGAUCCGUCAUCGCAAUCAGCAGAUAGGGUCGCUUAUGCCGAUGAGAAGAAGGCACGGGAAGGGAACUCUCAAGUAGUGACCCAGAAGGAUGGCUCCAAAGGAAAGAUUCCAUUGGACUCGUGGGCGAAGGGAUACGCUGUCGUGUACGUGAUCCGGUCACAGUCAUCGGAGAAGAGGCUCGACUCGGAGGCGAUAAAACGGGAGCUCGAUCCAGACAUUAUCAAGUUCAUUCGGGGCAAGAAGCAACCAUUAGCAUUGAUCGGGUACACGGAAGUGACGAAGGGAAAGGCAGCGGUGGAGAAGAGCUCAGCCAAGCAGGAGUACUCCAUCCGUCCGUUCCAGUUCCGAGCUCGUUCGGGAAACGAGUAA